UCAGGCAUUAGCGGAGGAUUCUCAGUCGUGGAAAAAGCGCCAAGUUCUACAGCAGAGCAGACGCGGUUGUCAAGUUUGUGUAACGUUAUAUUUAAAACGAAACCGCGUUCUUGGGAUUGCGAAAAUGUUACGCGUGCAUAAUAAGAUUCCUUAGUUAAAAUGCCCGGACUGCAUAAUGAAGGUGGAGUGGUGGCUGCAGUUGGCAGUCCUGUGAAGAAGAGCAAACUCUCUCUAAAGUUCUUCCAGAAGAAGGACACCAAAAGAGCCCUGGACUUCUCAGAGGCCCCUGCAGAAGACAACGGCACUGCAGAACCAGAAGAGACUAUGAAUCAUGACCAGGUUGUGCCAAUGCCUUGCCCUUCAUCUCCUCUCAGUUGUGAUAAGCGCGAGAGCCUGGUCCCCUUCAUUGGGUUUAAUAAUUUGGGGAACACUUGCUAUCUGAACAGCAUCCUUCAGGUCUUAUAUUACUGUCCUGGUUUUAAAGAGGCCAUCAAAUCGUUGUGUCAUAUGGCUAAGCUGAAAGACAAACAGCAAGAAGAUGGUGCCAAAAAUGAGGGGGACAUGGUUGAGAACACCCUACCUGUUCCCAUGGAGCUGCUGGGUAGUUUCCACAGCAUCAUCUCUUCUGUUGAGCAGUUGCAAUCCAGCUUUCUGCUUAACCCAGAAAAAUACAGUGAAGGAGAGCUUGCCACACCACCUCGCAAGCUGCUUAACACGCUCCGGCAGCUUAAUCCAAUGUAUGAGGGUUACUUGCAGCAUGAUGCACAGGAGGUGCUGCAGUGCAUCCUUGCUAACAUCCAGGAGGCCUGUGACAAUAUUAAAAAAGAGCAAACCGACAACCAGAAGGACAGUACAAUGAGCAAUGGAAUGGGGGAGUCUAAACACGAGGAUGAUGGUAGCUCUGAUGGCCAGUUGAGUGGAAAGAGGAAGAGUGACACAGAAGCAGGCAAUGCUAAGAAAAAGCCAAAAUCUCAAAGCAAAUCAAAGAAAAAUGAGGGAAACGUGCCUAUGACCCGCUCAAAACGAAAAUCGUGCAGCAACAUAACCACAGAGAGUUCUGACCAGAGGAAUGGAACUGUGGAGCAAGAGAAGGACAGAGGGAGCACUACAGAAGAGGAGAAGAAUGACAGUCCCCCAAAAGAGGUGGGCAAGAGGACAAGGAGAGGGAAGCUGGGCUGGUUAAAGCCAUCUGGGAAGCAGCCUAGCAUCUUCUCAAAGUUCCGCAGCAUGGGACGAAUUACUUCACAUGUAAGAGGGAGGUUGGAGACCAAGGAGAAAUCAGAUUGUAGUGUCCAAGAGAAGCAGGAGAAGGAUACCUCAGAGAAUGAGAGUAGAACUCAAGAAGUUAAACAGAGUCUGGAAAAGAAUAAAGAGCAAUCAGGCCUGGAUGUGCUGAAGUGGAUGUUCCAGGGUCAGCUGGUGCUGCGGACACGCUGCCUGGAAUGUGAGUGUUUCACAGAGCGGAGAGAGGACUUUCAAGACAUCAGCGUACCUGUGCAAGAGAAGGACAACAGCUCCUCUGACUCUGACAGUUCUCAGAUUUCUCCAGAUCCCAAGCCUGAUCUGAAAACUCUAAAGUGGGCCAUAUCUCAAUUUGCAUCUGUGGAGAGGAUUAUGGGUGAAGAUAAAUAUUUCUGUGAGACCUGUCAUCACUACACAGAAGCAGAGAGAAGUCUUCUGUUUGACAAAACACCAGAAGUCAUCACAAUCCACCUGAAAUGCUUUGCUGCCAAUGGCUCUGAGAUGGAUCCUUAUGCUGGCCUUUCCAAGGUGAAUACUCCUCUGCAAACCCCUCUCAAGCUUUCCCUGCACGAGUGGUGCACUCAGCCUGAUUCUCCAGACCAGAGCCAUCACUAUGAGCUCUUCGCCGUGGUCAUGCACAGCGGAGUAACCAUCAGCAGCGGUCACUACACCACUUGCAUCCGCAUGAUGGAUCUCCAUCGCACCACACUCAGGCUUCAAUCUCAGGAUGAAGAUCAAGACCGAGAGGAAGACACUAAACAGAAGAAAGAGGAGGUACCACAAACAGAGUACGAUGAUGGUGAGGUGUCUUUCAGCUUGCCUGGCAGAGGGACAAAUGUGGCCAGAGUCAGCACGACAACAAGCAUGUCCAGGAAAUCAGGAAGCAAAAGGUCCUCCGAGGGUGUUGGGCUUUUAGGAGGACAGAGAAGUGUCACCAGUUAUGAGCUCAGCAACAGCAAUCAAACCAAUCCAGAGAAGGCUCCCGGCUCGGCCGGUCGUGCUGCCGGUUCUUUGCUUCAGAACACAGUGAAGAAAGAGCCAGAGGAAGAGGGAGUUGAUGCUAUGGGCGACGGAACCCAGGUGUGUUUUGACCUCGCUCUGCAAAACCUUUUGGACUUUGAGGGAAAGUGGAUGCUGUUUGAUGACUCCGAAGUGAGACUCUUUGAAGAAGAGGACUUCCUCAGAGCCUGUUCCCCCGAGACAUGCACCACCUCUACACCUUACCUGCUAUUCUACAAGAGAGUCUCUCAGUAAAAAACAGCCGAAGGGACUCGGUUACGAAGUUUUACUGGUAAGACGUGGACUGUGAAAGUACAUUGGUAGGAAACUGGAAAAGCAAGUCAGGAUGUGUUAAUGGUCGAUAUGUACGUUUGUGUAACAAGUGUCAGUGAAAAGCCGAUGUGAAUCUUUCAAGGCCAUGACAUUUGUUGCCACUUUUUUUGUCUUACUGUUUUUGUACUUUAUCUUCUUGUUCAGCAAGUCCAUGUCAUCAGCUUUUCAAUGACCCUAAUUCAAACGCACCUUGGCACUUACUGUAGUUCAUGUGACAGUUUUCAUAUACUUUCAAGCAUUCCAUAGAAGCUCUAAUGAAUAGCACAAAAUGAUUUCUUGUGCACUUAAAUUUUAUAUUUUUGUAAAAGAUCAAUUCAUGCUUGUUUGGGUUUUGUCUCACGUAUGAAUUCACAUUGUCCGUUUUGGAGAGUAUUAUUAAUAGCUUGAAAACCCAAAGUAGAUUUCACAUUAAUUUCUUCAUUUUUUUUUAUUUGAUACUAGAAAGCACAGGCAAUGUGUUUUGUUCCCUGGUGCAGACUAUUUGCACACAGAGAAUCAAAUUUAGGUGGGCAACCUCGAAAGCAGAGCAUGUAUAAUUUGUCUAUAAAUGACCACAGGGAAAAAGUGACCUAUUUUUCCAGGUUUUAAAGUUUAUCAGCCAUACCUCAGUCCAGUCUAAGAAGCUUUUCUAUCUAAUGUUGUGAGCAGACCCUGCGAUUACACCAAGAUCUCUAUGAGCAAUAAAUAAAACAGUUCAAGAGAAUCUCUUACAUUCUGUUGUAUAUUUGAGGCAGGGAAAAUGUAAAUAUUUUUCUAUUACCUGGUUAUGUAGAUUCUUAUUUGCCACAUUAAAAUACCAACAUAUAAAAUUAA